AUGCGAAGGACGACAGAUCAAGAGUAUAUCCAAGAUCCAAUCCUGGCACCGCGGGCGCAGAAGGAAGCUCCACUAUCCAAUAUACUACCUCUACAGAUUUGGAUUGCAUCAGGACAAAUCAGACUAAAAGAAACUCAAUGUAGAUACGGUUAUUCAAUAUCGAUCCGUAAAUGCAGUUCGUUCGUCUACAGUGGUUGCCAAGGCAAUGAGAACAACUUUGCCACACUUGAAGAAUGCCUGAAGAUGUGCCCUUGA